AUGACUAUUGUACUUACGGCAAUUAUUAUUGUAUUAUGUAUUUAUUAUAUAUGGAAUUAUUUAACGGGUAAACCAAAGAAUUCACCACCAGGAAUUAUUCGGCUGCCAAUAUGGGGCUCCUAUUGGCUGUUACUAUGGGGUAAUUAUAGUUAUCCCCAUAAAACUGUUGAUUAUUAUAUAAAAAAAUAUAAAUCAAAAAUAAUAAGUUGUUAUUUUGGUGAAGUAUAUACGGUUAUUGUUAAUGAUUAUAAGAGUGUUAAAGAAGUGUUGACCAGAAAAGAAUUCGAUGGAAGAUUGAGUGAUAAUCCUAUAUUCCGAGCUCGUUCUUUUGGAAAAAAAUUAGGAUUAUUUUUUAACGAUGACUAUGAAUGGCAACAACAACGUAGAUUUGCAUUGCAUAAUUUAAGAAAUUUUGGAUUUGGGCGCCGACAUGAACAAUUAGAAAGUGAAUUAGCUGAAGAAUUGAAUAUAUUAUUAGAUACAAUUAAAAAUGGCCCAAUUAAUGAAUAUGAAAAGAAAGUAGUUGAUAAAGAUCGAAUAUAUUUUCCCGAUAUUUUAUCGCCAAUUUGCGCUAAUUUUAUUUGGGCAGUUAUGGCAAACAAACGGUUCCCGCGAACAGAAAGUGGCGAGGAACAUGAAUCAUUACGGGAAUUAUGUAAAGGCGCAAGAAUUUUUCAAAAAAGUGGAGACACUUCCGGUGGUGCUAUUGCACUGACGCCUUGGUUAAGAUAUUUUGGUAAUUUAUUUGGAUACACUGGAUUUAUCGGCGGUAAUCAAACUUUGAUUGAUUUUGUCCAGACCUACAUCGAUCAAUUGGAUGACGAAAAACUGCACGACGAAACACAGAAUGCAUUUAUACCGACUUAUUUACGUGAAAUGAAAAAAAUUCAUCAAAAUAAAAAUUCAAAUAAUCAAAAAAUCGAUGACUUUGACGUCAAUAUGUACUCGACUCAGCAAUUAGUAACAAUUUGUAUCGAUUUUAUGUUUCCCGCGUUAUCAGCAGUACCCGCGGUUGUUACAAAUUGUAUUAAAUUUAUGAUCCAUUAUCCAGAAGUUAUGAAACGCGUGCAAGAAGAGAUCGAUGAUGUAAUCGGCUGUGAACGUUUGCCAACUUGGGAUGAUCGUAAAAAUUUACCUUUUACAGAAGCGACAAUCCGCGAAGUUAUGAGAAUAGAAACAAUAACGCCGCUAAGUGUUGGCCAUCGUUGUGUAGAAACAACAACUUUAUUUAAUUAUACAAUACCUAAAGAAACAUUGUUAUUAACAAAUUUAUCAGCGAUGCACAACGAUCCCAUUUUUUGGGGUGACCCGGAAAAUUUUCGUCCGGAAAGAUUUUUGACAGAUGAUAAUAAAAUCGUUAAGGAUUUAACGCUACCUUUUGGAUUAGGUCGCCGAGUAUGUGCAGGUGAAACAUUUGCCCGUUUUAUAAUAUUUGAAUUAUUUGCAACUCUUGUCCAAAAUUUUAAUUUCGAGUUAAUAAGCGGACAGCCAACUUCACUUGAUGACAAGUACCCAGGCCUCAUUGUCCAGCCAACCGAUACAUGGAUUAAAUUUAAAAUUCGUCAACAGUAAUAAUAAUAAUACUAAUCAUUUAUCAU